GUGUCUUCUGUCCAGAGGCCAACUCGCCUUAUACCCGACGCACCGAAGGUAUUCACUUCUCCGAAGUCUGCUUUGUUAUAAUCUCUUUACAGGUUUACCACGCGGAAGUGAACUUUCCUACGGACCCUCACUUCUCUCACUCUUCUGCAAUUCCCUCUACUACGACACCUGCAACCAUGGCAUCCCCAGGCGGCCCUCCGCCGGGCGCCCAACCCUUCUCCCCACAACAAAUCCAACAGUUGAUUGCCAUGGAAGCCCAGAAGCGCGGAAUGACCAUCCCCCAAUUCCAAGCCUUCCAACGACAACAGAUCGAGGCCGAAGCCGCCAAAGCGGGAAUGACCCCUCAGCAGUUCGUCCAGAUGAAGCAGGAAGAGGCAAGACAACAAUUCAUGCGCCAGCAGCAGGCGGCUCAGCAACAACAGUCACAACAGCCUCAGGGUGGACAACCACAAGGACAACCACGAGGACCGCCGCCCGGGCAGCAGGCCCAACAUAUCCCCUUGAAUGCAAAGGUGGAAGCCAAACCCGAGGCGCUGGCCGUCGCGAAGUUUCUACGAUCCCAGGAUUUGAAAACUCGAACGUGUAUCUUUAAUGGCGAGAGAAAGGACAUGUUCAAAGUGAAACGAGCGUUCCGUGCCCUGAACUCCGACGCCUACAAGAAGGCUCAAAAGAAGAAUCCCUUAUUGCCUAAGGUCGAGAACGACGUUGACGCGCGGUCAGCCCUGCAACUUCUUCCCCUAUCGAUGCUUGCUCUGCGGGUUUCCAAGAAGGACCCACACGAGGGACACAAUCAUGCCAAACCCAAGAAAGAGAAACGAGUCAAGGGAUUGUGGGAAGUCAAGAUCGAGCAACAACAAGACUUUGACCCUAUGAUGCAUUAUGUCUGGCUGUACGAGGGGUCACAGUGGAAGACUAAAAUGUGGGCAGCCCUGGUUCUGGUGCUGGUCUUCGCAGCCGUGCUCUUCCCACUGUGGCCGCUUGUCCUGAGACAAGGCGUGUGGUAUCUCUCGGUCGGCAUGAUGGGGUUGAUUGGCUUGUUCUUUGCCAUGGCCAUCUUCCGCCUGAUCCUCUUCGUCAUCACCUUCUUCCUGGCUCCGCCUGGCCUGUGGUUAUAUCCCAACCUCUUCGAAGACGUUGGCUUUUUCGAUAGUUUCCGACCGCUGUGGGGGUGGCAUGAAACCAAGGAGGACAUCAAGCGCAAGAAAAAGGAGAAGAAGGCCCGGAAGGCUCAGAAAAAGCUCGCUGCUUCUGCCGGCGGAGGUGAGAAAGACGUGGCUCCCGUGGCGCAGGCGCCCUCGAAUGGUACGGCCGUCACAUCUGCAGUUGAGCCUGCCACCAUGUCGACUGCGGCUAAGCGACAUGUUGCUCCGACGGUGGAGGAGGCUGAUGAUGAAUGAUUUCCGAUUUUGGGACUGAGGCGGGGACCUUUGCACGUCAUGGCGUCCUGGGUAUGUAAGAGCCCGUUGACGCACGAUGCGGAUGGAUGAUGUACCAACAUGGGCUGCCUUUGGAUUCAGACGGACUUCACCAAGAACCUUUUUUUUUCAACCGAGUUUGCCCCGUCCCAUUACUUGUGCCAAUUUCUCCUGGUCCGUCUGCGGCGCUUUUGGCUGGUCCUCCAGACGAGGCCUCUUUAUCUUGCCCAUCUCUUCCAGCCGCGCCGUGACUCGAUCCACCAGAACCCCCGUCCGGCCCAUUUGCUUUUCCAACUCGCCUAACCGCGUGAUGAGGUUUGGCUGGAUAUUCACCUGCGGCUCGCGCAGCGGCUCCGUCAGUCUCUGGAGGUGCCGGUACUGCGCGAGUCUCCCCUUCAGCGCGUCCCUCUGCUGGCUGA